AUGAUAGUCCAAAGUUCAAACACCUUGAACCACAGUCUUGAAAAAGGCAUCUCUACAUACUCGUCACGCAGCACAGUAGAGCAUACAAUCCGCAACAACUCCAGUGAAGAUUCUGGACUUCAGGAGAGCGUAUCUAUCAUGGGCAGCAUCGAGAACAGGAUCCUCGUCACCGGGGCUUCGGGGCAGUAUGGGCGCCUCGCGGUUGACGGGCUGUUGGCGAAGGGGGUCUCUCCGUCGUCACUGCUCCUCCUGACCAGGGAUCCAGCGAAACUCGCAGACUACGCCGCCAAGGGCUCAUCCGUUCGGCAAGGUUCCUUUGAUGAUCCUGUGGAUUCUCUCGCAGAAGCCUUUGCAGGGGCAGACACCAUGCUAUUCAUCAGCACCAGCAGAGCUGGGCAGAGGCUACCGCAGCAUCAAGCGGCUGUGGACGCCGCUGUGAAAGCAGGCAUCACACACAUCGUGUACACAUCUAUACUGUCUGCGCAUUUGGAAAAUCCGACUGCUCUUGUUGCGAGAGAGCAUCGGGCUACAGAGGAGAUGUUAAGAGCCAGUGGCCUAUACUGGACCGCACUUCGUGACGCACAGUACUCCGAGGCCCUGACCGAUGUCGCUGGACCCCCGGCCCUGAAGGCAGGUGUGCUGCGCGUCAACGCCGGGCAAGGAAAGAUGGCGUUCAUCAGCCGAGAUGAUUGCGUCGGGCCCGCCGUGAGCAUUCUCGCCGACCCUUCUCCCCACCGCAACAAAGCGUAUCACAUCACAGGCCCCGAGCUGUUGUCUUGGGGUGAUGCGGCGAGAAUCAUGGGAGAGACGGUCGGCAAGACGUUGUUCUACGAAACUUUGACGGACGACGAGCAGCUUGCGAUAUUCGAUGCCAUGGGAAUCCCAAGGGAGCCAAUUGAUGGGUUCGUUGUAAACUCAGAUAUGGUGUCCUUCACGAAAGCGACAGCACUGGGAGAGUUCGAGAUUAUCUCGGAUGACGUGCAGAAAUUGACACUGCAAAAACCCAAGACUUUUAGCGAGAUCUGCGAACAGCGCCUAUCAUCGCUGAAGCAAUAG